ACCUACAUUCAGUCGUCGUCGGGCCAUCGUCGUCGUCGGCUCCCACUAUCGUGCUCCGAGCGUGUCUGUGUCCAUGUCUGUCGUGAGGCCAGAUAGCCUGAAAAACGAGCUGCCCGUGCUGCGUUGGCCGCAGUCCUCAUUCAGACGCGAAUCCGUUAACAUCGCGGUCGCCGAAGGGCACACAACAUCAUCUAUCGGCACGGCGACCAGCACAUGGCCGUCCAUGGAACGCAACACGGAACCAACCGAACCGACCACGCCCACGAAAUAUCCUGCAUAUCCUACAACUGAAUGUUUUUCAAAGCCAACGAAAUGCCAAGUGACGAUGCCAUUUUUAUAGACUUUUUCUAAAUCAAAAGAAACUACUGCGAGUACAGAUACCAAUAAAAUAGAGAGAUUACCAGCGACGGUCGAGGCGCCACUUAAAGUGCCUGCUAGCUUAUCCAAGACGGCCUGGCGAUGGCAGUGAACGGGAGGAUUCGCAAGCGCAAGCAUAAAAGCCAUCCAAGUGGCGACACUCCGACUCCGACGACAGCCACUAGCAUAACCGCGGCGGCAGCCACCACAGCAGCCAUAGCCCCUUCAGCGCCAGGCAGGCCUUGGCCCAUGGUGGAGCAGAGCGAAACAAUCGAGGAAGCCGCCGCCUUCGCUGGGGACUAUAAUAAUUUCACGCAUAAUUUCGUCGAUUUGCAGAACCUCUUGAAUUUCAAUGAUUUGCUGAGCACCAGCAAUAGCAGCAGCAGCAGCGGUCCAAGCAAUGGGAUCGGGAAUGCCAGUGACAAUGGAAAUAGCAACUCUGUGGCCAGCAUCAGCAGCUCCUCGAGCGGAUCGAGUACCAUUAAAUUGAGUAACGGCGCCAUUAUGGACACUCUUUUGGGGACCGUUUUGACCACGGCCACGGCGACGGUGGCGCCUGCCGCCAGCUCUUUGUUAGCCACGAUUGCAGCCACUACCACGACAACAGCAUCGGUGGCGGCAUCCUCGUCGGCCCUGGCCAUCGCGGGCAGUCAGCAGGUGGUGUCCUUGUCGGGCCUGGCCAUUGCCGAGGCCACCUCAUCCACCUAUUAUGCCAACUUGCUGAACAUGUCGCCGGCCACCACCAGCCUGAUCGCGGCAGUGGCGGCCACCAAGUCCUACAACGACAGUUCCAUGCGCUGGGAGCAGUUCGACGGAAACGUGGACUUCGGCUUCGAUCCGCUCUACCGCCAUUCGCUGGCCAUGUCCAUUGUCUACUGCGUGGCGUAUAUCGUGGUGUUCCUGGUGGGGCUCAUUGGCAACAGCUUCGUGAUUGCCGUCGUCCUGCGGGCGCCUCGUAUGCGGACGGUGACAAACUACUUCAUUGUGAAUCUGGCCAUUGCGGACAUCCUUGUUAUUGUCUUCUGCCUGCCAGCCACUCUUAUUGGCAACAUCUUUGUGCCCUGGAUGCUCGGAUGGCUGAUGUGCAAGUUUGUGCCCUACAUACAGGGUGUCUCGGUGGCGGCAUCGGUUUACAGUUUAAUUGCCGUGUCCCUCGACAGGUUCAUUGCCAUCUGGUGGCCGCUGAAGCAGAUGACAAAGCGACGUGCCCGCAUCAUGAUAAUCGGCAUAUGGGUAAUCGCACUGGUGACCACCAUACCCUGGCUGCUCUUCUUCGAUCUUGUCCCGGCCGAGGAGGUGUUCUCCGAUGCCCUCGUCUCGGCCUACACGCAGCCCCAGUACCUGUGCCAGGAGGUCUGGCCGCCCGGCACCGAUGGCAACCUGUAUUUCCUGCUGGCCAACCUGGUGGCCUGCUAUCUGCUGCCCAUGUCGCUGAUAACGCUCUGCUAUGUGCUCAUCUGGAUCAAGGUGUCCACGCGCUCGAUACCAGGCGAAUCCAAGGACGCCCAGAUGGAUCGCAUGCAGCAGAAGAGCAAGGUCAAGGUCAUCAAGAUGCUGGUGGCGGUCGUCAUCCUUUUUGUCCUGUCCUGGCUGCCCCUCUACGUGAUCUUUGCGCGCAUCAAGUUCGGCUCGGACAUAUCGCAGGAGGAGUUCGAGGUGCUCAAAAAGGUGAUGCCACUGGCCCAGUGGCUGGGCUCCUCCAACAGCUGCAUCAACCCCAUCCUCUACUCCGUGAACAAGAAGUACAGGCGUGGAUUUGCGGCCAUCAUCAAGUCUCGCAGCUGUUGCGGCCGUCUCAGAUACUACGACAACGUGGCCAUUGCCUCCUCCACCACCAGCACACGCAAGUCCUCGCACUACCACCAGAAUAGCUCGCGGAAGAGUCCCAGCAGCAAGGGCAACGCCGUCUCCUAUAUCUACGAGCACAACUCCUUGCGGCGCCACAACAUGAUGCUGAAGCAGGACAGCAAUCUGUCGCAGCAGAUGCUGCUGAAGCAGGACUCGCACGGCUCCCGACAGUUCCUGAUCAAGCAGGAGAGCUCCUGCAGCGACGCCUCCGGCAUCCGGCGCCCGUUGUGCCAGCAGGACAGCAAUGGCUCCAAGAUCUCACUCUCCAAGCAGGACUCGAUUGUCUCCUACAUGGAAUCGCGUCGAGCUCCCGGUCUCGGCCUGAGCGACUCGCUGGCGGACAGAGACAGUGUCUCGAUGGAGUCUCGUCGAGCUGGCGGAAUAAUGGUGAACGCCACGCCGGGAUCACUGCUCGACAAGCGACAGAAGUUUGUGAAACAGGACUCGGUCAUCUCGUUUGUGGAUCAGCGACCAGAGCCGCGACGGCAUCAGCUGGUGAAGCAGGACUCGGUCAUUUCGUUCGCCGAUCAGCGUCGUGGUCUGCUGCACAAGCAGGACUCCCUGAAUCGAGCCAGUGAUGCGCCCACUCAUCAUGUAUCCAUACUGAAAAAGACGGACUCGCAGCUAAGCUACGGGUCUUCUUCAUCAGCAUCAGCCGCUUCUCCGCGCCGCAGUGCGGAUCUGUACGAGUAGGAAAUUAUUGAUAACAUUCUACCACUCUACCAUCCGUUCCACGAAAACAUCCUACGCAUCGCACAUACUUAUAUAUGGACUAGCUACAACCACUUGCGGAACAUUCUCGUACAUACAUAUAUAUAUUUAUAGAAACUAGACAGACAUUAUUCCACAAAUACUUGUCUCAUUCCUAUGGCAGCUACAUACUAUAUAGAUGAUAUGCUAUGACGAUCGAAUCCUGGUAUUUCUGACUUAUUUACUGUCCCUUGCUAAAUUACAGCCAGAUGUCGCUUCAAAUGAGGGACUAGUUUGCACAGAAUGAGACUAACAGGCAGGCAGACAGACAGACAAACAGACAGACGGACACGGCUCGAUGGUCGGUGGGUAUCUUCUAUUAUUACGAGUAUAAUGAUUUUAUGAACUGUGAUAGAAGUUGGCAGUGCUGGUGAGGCUCUGAACUUGGCUGGAAAGUGCCGGACUUAUCCGUCAUGUCAUCUUUGUCUUUGUCAUCGCCGUCGUUUAUGGGUAGCCAGAUCUAGGAAUAGGGAAUGGGUAUGGGUAUGGACCAAAUCGAUAGGGGAAGAGUAAUCUAAUCAAAGAUCGCUUAGUUAGACACAAGAUAACACCACACCAAACCACACUAUACAAUACAAUACAUACUCGUACUCCCGAACCGACAGACCCCACACACAUAUAGGAAAUAGAUGUUUUAUACGUGUUUCAAUGGUACUACACACAAAGAUAUAAACUACUCCUUGGCUAUGGCUAUAUAAUAUCUACAAAAUAUGUACCGUUACGCAGUUUUAAGAUUGUUUGUACUCGCCAUUUGCUAUAUCGAAGAGUCGAGGAACGGAAUGGAAGAGAAGCGACCUACAACAGGGGAAGGGAGGGGUUCAAAUAGCUUUGCUAUAACUUUUUGUACGAAAGCGAGAGUGAAACGGGCAAGUCCAGUAUCAUAGUCGAAGAGGAAGAUAGGAAGUAACAAAACAAAAAAAAA